AUGGAGAUGGUAAAAUGUAUGUUAGAUGAAAAAUCUGCAAAAGAAAUAUCUAAAAUCUCACUAUCGAAUGACACGGUAGCUAAUCGUAUCAAUGAUUUAGCAGCCGAUAUACAGAAUGAACUCAUUUUUUGUCUCAAAUCGUGCAAAUUUGCAUUACAAUUGGAUGAGUCUACCGAUGUAGCUGGGCUUGCAAUAUUAAUUGUCAUCGUUAGGUAUCAACACGAAAGCACAUUAUUGGAAGAUCUUCUUUUAUGCAAAUCUCUACCAACACGUACUACUGGAGCUGAAAUAUUUGAUCUUCUAAAUUCAUUUCUUGAAGGAAAUGAAAUACCAUGGGAAAACUGCGUUGAUAUCUGUACCGAUGGAGCAAAGGCUAUGAGUGGUAUAAUUAAUGGAGCUGUACAGCGUAUUAAAAAUAUUGCCAAAAUCUGUUCUAGUAGCCACUGUAUGAUACAUAGACAGGCACUCGCUGUAAAAAAGUUAUCUGUUAGUUUUAAGAAAGCUCUUGAUGAAUUCGUAAAAAUCAUAAACUUCAUAAAAUCUCGGCCUCUUCAAAAUCGUUUAUUCAAAAUCCUAUGUGAGGACAUGGAAAGUGUACAUACUUCUCUUCUCUUACAUACCGAGGUCAGGUGGUUAUCUCGAGGAAAGAUACUAACUCGUAUUUUUGAAUUAAGGGACGAGGUACGUGCUUUUUUUUUUGGAACACAAUUUCGAAUUAAAAGAUCGAUUUCUUGA